AGCAAGCACACCGUGGUGGCUUAUAAGGACGCCAUCUACGUGUUUGGAGGCGACAACGGAAAGACGAUGCUGAACGACCUGCUGCGCUUCGACGUCAAGGACUGCUCCUGGUGCAGGGCUUUCACCACAGGGACACCGCCAGCCCCCCGCUACCAUCACUCAGCCGUCGUCUAUGGGAGCAGCAUGUUUGUGUUUGGCGGCUACACGGGCGACAUUUACUCCAAUUCCAAUCUGAAGAACAAGAACGACCUGUUCGAGUACAAGUUUGCCACCGGCCAGUGGGCAGAGUGGAAGAUCGAGGGGAGGUUACCUGUGGCGAGGUCAGCUCACGGGGCGACCGUGUACAGCGACAAGCUGUGGAUCUUUGCGGGCUACGACGGCAAUGCCCGGCUAAGUGACAUGUGGACGAUUGGCCUUCAGGACCGAGAGCUGACCUGCUGGGAAGAGAUCGAGCAGAGCGGCGAGAUCCCCCCCUCCUGCUGCAACUUCCCCGUGGCCGUCUGCAGAGACAAGAUGUUUGUGUUCUCGGGCCAGAGCGGGGCCAAGAUCACCAACAACCUCUUCCAGUUUGAGUUCCGAGACAAAGUCUGGACCCGCAUCCCCACUGAGCACCUGCUUCGGGGCUCGCCCCCGCCUCCGCAGCGGAGGUACGGGCACACGAUGGUUGCCUUUGACCGGCACCUGUACGUGUUUGGGGGUGCAGCCGACAACACCCUCCCCAACGAGCUUCACUGCUAUGAUGUGGACUUCCAGACCUGGGAGGUCAUCCGGCCGAGCCCCGACAGCGAGCUGCCCAGUGGGAGGCUGUUCCACGCGGCUGCGGUCAUCUCGGACGCCAUGUACAUAUUUGGGGGCACAGUGGACAACAACAUCCGCAGUGGCGAGAUGUACAGAUUUCAGUUCUCCUGCUACCCCAAGUGCACGCUGCACGAGGACUACGGGCGCCUGUGGGAGAGCCGGCAGUUCAGCGACAUGGAGUUCAUCCUGGGAGAGAAGGAGGAGCGGGUUCGAGGACACAUCGCGAUUGUCACAGCUCGGUGCAAGUGGCUGCGGAAGAAGAUAAUGCAGGCCCGGGAGCGAGCGCGGCAGAAGUCCAGGCUGGAGCCCGAGGAGGAAGGGCCGGGGCCGGGCGGGAAGCUGCCCCCGCGGCCUUCCCUGCUGGAGGUGGCCAUCCGCGAGGCCGAGGCGCAGCCCUUCGAGGUGCUCAUGCAGUUCCUGUACACGGACAAGAUCAAGUACCCCCGAAAGGGCCGCGUGCAGGACGUGCUGCUCAUCAUGGACGUGUACAAGCUGGCGCUGAGCUUCCAGCUGUGCCGCCUGGAGCAGCUGUGCCUGCAGUACAUCGAGGCCUCGGUGGACCUGCAGAACGUCCUGGCCGUGUGCGAGAGCGCCAGCAAGCUGCAGCUGGACCAGCUCAAGGAGCACUGCCUCAACUUCGUGGUGAAGGAGUCCCACUUCAACCAGGUGAUCAUGAUGAAGGAGUUUGAGCACCUCUCGUCCUCCCUGAUCGUGGAGAUCGUGCGGCGGAAGCAGCAGCCGCCCCUGCGGGCGCACUGCGAGCAGCCCGUGGACAUAGGGACGUCACUCAUCCAGGACAUGAAGGCCUGCCUGGAGGGCGCCGGGACGGACUUCUGCGACAUCACGCUGCUGCUGGACGGCCACCCGCGGCCCGCCCACAAGGCCAUCCUGGCCGCGCGCUCCAGUUACUUCGAAGCCAUGUUUCGCUCCUUCAUGCCCGAGGACGGGCAGGUGAACAUCUCCAUCGGGGAGAUGGUGCCCAGCAAGCAGGCCUUCGAGUCCAUGCUGCGCUACAUCUACUACGGGGAGGUGGACAUGCCGCCCGAGGACUCUCUCUACCUCUUCGCGGCGCCCUACUACUACGGCUUCUACAACAACCGGCUGCAGGCCUACUGCAGGCAGAACCUGGAGAUGAACGUGACGGUGGAGAACGUGCUGCAGAUUCUAGAGGCCGCCGACAAGACGCAGGCGCUGGACAUGAAGCGGCACUGCCUUCACAUCAUCGUGCACCAGUUCACCAAGGUUUCCAAGCUGCCCAACCUCCGAGCCCUGAGCCAGCCGCUCCUUGUGGACAUCAUCGAGUCUUUGGCCACUCACAUAUCUGACAAACAGUGCGCCGAGCUGGGCUCUGACAUAUGACGUUCCAGAGGCCCAGCCCUGGGGGACACAGUGGUGCCCCGAGGAGUGCCGUGCUUGGAGCAGCCAGGGCAGGUGUGAAUGGAGGCUCAGUGCACCCACGGCCUCCUUGGGGGGAAGGGGCGCCCAGGGGGUCCUUUCCCCAGACCUCGUCUCCCCUCAGCAAAGGACAAAGACUGGGGUGGAGGGGAGCACCCUGACUGCCCCUCCCUCUCAUUCCUGGGGCCCAGGGUUCAAUGACACCCUCCCAAAUCCUACGUGGCCUCCUUUACUGCUGGACAGUCCAGGCUUUUCCUGGCUCCAAUGGCUGCCUUGGCCUGGUCAGGAUGAACCUUUCCAUGGCCUGUGGCAAAUGGGUACACACUAGUGCCAUGUUGGCAAAGACAUGGCACAUGCACGCUGGCACCAUUCCUCCUCUUCACUGCGCCUGGGGACAUUUUUUCACAUGCCCCACUCUGUCCAGCUGCCCAGUGUGGGCACUUCCUCUCUGCUGUCUGGGGUAAUGCUGUGAGGGUGCAGUUUGGGCACAUGAUCUCAAAAAGGUUUGCCAGUGCUGCCCCACUGUGUGUCAGAGGCUGGCCUUUAGAAGCCCUGAGGCAUAGUGGGGAGGCCCCAAGUGUGGAUGAAGCAGUGACCAUUCAGUCAUGGGUGAUAAGGCUGCUGCUUCUUUAUCUUGGAUCAGCUUUAUUUUAUUUUAUUUCUAGGCCUCUGCCCCUUCUUACCCUUUUAGGCUGGGGGUUGGGGCAUGCCACUGCUCUUCCUUGUCCUGAUGUCCAAAGACUGAGGUCUGGGCUGAGCCCGGGGACCCCCAGUCUGUUACCGCUUGGAGGGGUGGCAGGAGCGGCUGGGCCCUGGGCCCUGCCUGGGUGUCUACAGGCCUAGCCGUGGGAGCUGAGGGACCAUGGCCCAAGGGAGGGACAGUGUCCAGGCCACGCCCUAGUGGGACCCUUCCUCUGACCCCUGACCUUCUGGCUUCUAGCAGCGUCCUUUGUCACCUCUACCUAGUUGAGCCUAUUGGGCAGAUGAGGUCUUGCCAGGCCUGGGCCCAGCCCCAGCAGGGGACACUCGAGUGUUUUAUUUGUCCUUCCUUAUUCGUUUGGGCCUUGCAGCCCAUGUUGGGGUGCUUUUGAAGCUUACCCAGAGGGGAAGGUACCAGGGGAAAGGCCCAAAUCAGCAAAUGCAGGCCUUGGUGGCCCACUGGGCUGCCUAUUGUUGAGGUUUCCGACAUCCCAGACUGUUCUUAGUGACUGCUCUGGGCAGAAAUAAAGGACUCUG